AUGAACUAUACCGACAAGUUAGAAAAACAUGAAUACACCAUAAAAGAAGAGCUUGGGCAAGGAUCGUCAGCAAUAUCAUUUCUGGUGAACAGUGCAGAGGAAGAUCCUUAUAUGGUCAAAGAGAUCAGUUAUAGAGAUGAGACGAAUCUGGAUGAAAUCAAAGAGGAAGUCGAGAUCUUGAGAAGUCUGAAUCAUCCAUAUAUUGUUGACUACGAGGAAUCAUUUGAAGAUCAAGCAACUGGACAUGUUUAUAUUGUGAUGGAGUAUUGUGCUGGAGGAGAUCUUUACAAGAAGAUGCAAGCAGCGAGAAAUGAUGGAGUUUUUGAGAAACCAGAGAUCCUUGACUGGUUUGUUCAGAUUUGUCUGGCUCUGCAGUAUCUCCAUGAGAAGAACAUUCUCCACAGAGAUAUAAAACCUCAGAAUGUUUUUCUGACUGAGGAUGGUUACAUUAAUCUUGGUGAUUUUGGAUGCUCAAAAGUACUAAGAAGCACUGAUGUUUAUGCAAAAUCAGUUGUGGGUUCAGAUCUCUAUGUAAGCCCAGAAGUGCUUGCACACAAGUGUGAUUUUAAAAGUGACAUAUGGUCACUGGGAUGGUUGCUCCACGAUCUCUGCAUGCCUAAUGUCUGGUCAGAUAGCAUAGAGCGUCGCUGUGCACAUGCUUCAAGCUUGAAUGGAGCCCCACCUCAGAUCUCAGAGAGAUACUCAGAGGAACUGAGGAAGUUGAUCAGUCAAAUGCUCAGCUGUGACCCUAAAGACAGACCUUCAGCUGAUGAGAUUCUGGCAAAACCAUUCCUGAAAGAAGCAGUAAAGAGAAACAACAGAAUCCCAGUAACACUGAAACAAAGAUUCAUGGAGGCCACUGAGAUCUUUGAGAAGACAUACAAAGACUCGAAGGCCUUUCUUAGUGAGUGGAAAGAAAUAAUUGAUUCAGUAGAAGAGAUUCACCGUAAAUGCACUAUAGGCAGUCUGACAGGUUCAGUGAUCGGAGCCGCUGGAGGAAUCACUGCAUUAGUUGGUGCAAUUUUGAUACCUUUCACUUUCGGAGCAUCUCUGAUAGUAUCAGGUGUUGGGAUUGGUGUUGGAGUUGCAGGUGGGGCAACAAGUGCUGUAUCCAACAUUACCAAUGCAGUCAAACAAAAAGCACUCUAUGAAAAACUAGACAAAAUUAGCCAGAAGUACAAAGAUGUUCACGAACAGAUUUUCAACUCAUCAGAGACAUUGAGGUUACUAAGAAAAAUCCAAAAGUUCAGAGGUUUUGUUGGAGAUUUUGAUAACAGGCAGGACCCGUGGUUGGUAGGGAGAAUUACUUUUACAUUAUUGAAUGCCACAAAAAUCAUUUUUCUAAGUGUGUUGGCAAAUCUUGGGAGUGCAGCUGCUCGGGCAGAUGUUCAGGCAGCAGAAGCAGUAGUUGCAAUGGCUGCAGUCUCAGGUGUGUUGAGUAGUCUCUUAGUCAUAGCCGAUGCUGUCUUCAUAGGAAUAGAUUCCAGAGAGAUUCACGAGAUGAGACAGGGAGAAAUAAAUGAUCCAGAAAAGAUCAAAUCCAGUGUCCUCAAGGGCAUUGCACAGAUGAGGAAAAUGCAUAAAGAACUUGACAAUAUCUUGGAGGGAAUUAAAGAAACAACGGAGGCACUAAAACAGAAUUAUUAAGUGAAGAAGUGAAAGGG